AUGGCUAAGGUCGGGUAUGACGAAGACUUCUCUAACCUGACCCGCCAUCACAAACAUCAUACACAAGACAGGGUAGUCUUCAUUACGGGUGCUUCUCGUGGUAUCGGGGAGGAGAUAGCGGUGCGGUAUGCUCGGGCUGGCGCAUCGCUCGCUUUCGUCGGGCGCAAGCAAGCGGCUUUAAAUCUCAUGAAGAUCACCAUCCUCAGGGAAGUCCCGCAAGCAAAGGUACUCACGUUUCCCAUGGAUGUUACCAAUACGCAGGCGAUUGCUCAGGUGGUCGAACUCACCACUCGAGCGACUUGA